AUGAGCAAGAUACAAGAGCGCCUUAAUCACUUCUACGACAUUGACAAUCUCGUCACGGUGGAGAUAACCAUGCCACCCAAGGAGUGGGAAUCACUGAUGGCCUGCGAGCCCCGUGGUGGCAUUUGCAACUUUGACUACGUCGGUGGCCCUCGCUUCGACUGGUACAAGGCCACCAAGGUGACCUUCUCCGGCAGCCGGACGCCCUACCUGAAGGCAACGUUCAAGGACGUCGGCAUCAUCAAGAAGUCCUACUGUGGAUCCUUCAGCACGACCAAGCCGUCCGUCCGGCUCGACUUUGACCGCAACCUGGCCGCUCAGGGGGACGCGGUCGAGAAGCUCAUCGGGACCAAGAGCUUGACCCUGAACAACUGCAAGCAGGACCCAGCCUACAUCCGGCAGCCGCUGGGCUACGAGCUCUUGCGCCUGGCGGGCGUGCCCGCUCCCCGCUGCAACUUUGCGAAGCUCAUCGUCAAUGGCACUGACAUGGGGGCGUUUGUCAACCUCGAGCAGUACAAAAAGCAGUUCUUGAAGAACAAUUUCGAGGGCAACGAUGAUGGCAAUCUUUACGAGCUGGAUGCCGGCGACGACCUCGAUAGAGAAAAGAUCUCGAUGGGCAAGAUCAGCUUCGAGGGCGGCGUUGCCGACGACCAGAAAGACCUUCUCCUCGCUGCGGAUGCCAUCAAAAAGGGGGGCCUAGCAGCCGCCAAAAAGGUAAUUGACUACAACGCUUUUAUCAAGCUGUACGCCAUGGAGACCAUCCUCAAGCACCGCGACGGCUUUACCAUCAACACGAACAACACCUAUCUCUACAACGAUGUCAAGGCCGUCGCGGAGCCCACCACCGACGACGUCAACCUCAAAUUCAUCCCCUGCGGCAUCGACCAGAUCCUGCGCGACAAGAAGGACUUCGAGAUAGGCGGCACGGCCAUCCUGGCCCGCCUGAUCCGCGACGACCCAGACGGGAUCGACGACCUGCUCGAGGUCAUGCGCCGCUUCGCCACCAUAAUGUUCAGCCGGUCCCACUACGAAAGCACGCUGGGGCCGUACGUCAACCGCCUGGCAGCUGUGGCCGCGAGCGCCGGCGCCCAGCUCGCAGACGAGAUCAACAGCAUCCACGUGCAGCUGCGGUUGGUGCGCUCGGGCGCCUACCAGCACCUGGGCGAGUACCCGGCCGAGGAGCUGGUGUUUGUGGCCCGGAACAGCAGCGAGGGCGACGGGUCCAUCCCCGCGAGCAGCGAGGAGUACGUGCCAGAGCCGACAACGAGUACCUUCGGCGAGGAUUGGUUCAAGACGGGCUACUUCACGCUGAAGAGCAAGACCUCGGGGUGCUAUGUGUCGACGGUGGGAGCGACGGGGACGAAGGAGGUCUCGGACAAGGCGCAGGCCGGGCAUUUCUACCUGUAUUGA